UUUAAUAGAAUUUUUGUAUAUAUUUAAUAAAUUAGAGCAAAAUGAGUAGUAUUUAUAUACAAGAGCCUCCGACGUCAGGAAAGGUUUUGCUAAAAACAACAGUAGGUGACAUCGACGUAGAACUAUGGGCAAAAGAGGCUCCAAAAGCAUGCAGAAACUUCAUACAACUCUGUAUGGAAGGUUAUUACGAUGGUACAAUAUUUCACAGAGUCGUUAAAGGAUUUAUUGUCCAAGGAGGAGACCCCAAUGGUGACGGCACUGGAGGCGAAUCAAUUUAUGGAGAACCUUUCAAAGAUGAGUUCCACCAGCGUCUCAGAUUUGCCAGACGUGGUCUUCUUGCAAUGGCAAAUGCAGGAAAAGAUGACAAUGGGUCCCAAUUCUUUUUCACCUUGGCAGCUACUCCGGAACUUCAAAACAAGCAUACGAUAUUUGGUAAAGUCACUGGAGAGACUUUGUUCAAUAUGUUGAAGUUAGAAGAAUGCGAAACUGAUGACGAUGAAAGGCCUAUGUACCCGCAGAAGAUAUUGAAAGUUGAAAUAUUGAAUAAUCCUUUUUCUGAUAUCGUGCCGAGGGUUAGUAAGGAAUUCGAGUUUAAGGAACCUGUUAAGGUUAAGGAGAAGAAGAAAGGAGUCAAGUGA